AUGAAGAUUGACGCUUUUGAUGUUGAACGUUGGAUGGACCGGUACGAGCUACAGGCCAAGUACAACCUGGGCGAAACCUGCGUGGCUUCCAUCACCAUUGAGGAGCUGCUCGAGAUCGCUGGCAAGAGCAAGGAGAGUCUUCUGGCCGAACUGCUACCGAUGCGGAUGACUUAUGGUGCGAUUAAAGGGUCGUCGCAUCUCCGCGCGGGUAUUGCGAGGCUCUACAGUAACCAGACCGAAGACAACAUCCUUGUCACUCACGGCACCAUCGGGGCGAACUCCUUGGUGUACGAGACGAUUGUUUGCCCUGGCGACCACGUGAUUGCGGUCUUGCCAACCUACCAGCAGCACCAGUCUAUCCCGAAGUGCUAUGGCGCCGAGGUGGAAUUCCUCCAUCUGCGCCCGGAGAACCUGUUCUUGCCGGAUCUGGCGGAGCUGGAGAGGAAGUUGCGGCCGAACACAAAGCUUAUCGCGCUCAACAACCCGAACAACCCCACUGGCUCGCUGAUGGAUGAGGCGUUCCUGCGCAGAAUUGUCGAUAUCGCCAAGAAGAGCGGCGCCUACAUUCUCUGUGACGAGGUGUAUCGCGGUUUAAACGAUGUAGACCAAGGCACUGGCUUCAAGAAAUCUUUCACGACGUCCAUCGUGGACCUGUACGACAAGGGCAUCAGCACUGCCAGCAUGAGCAAGACGUUUUCGCUGGCCGGCCUCCGUCUUGGCUGGAUUGCCAGCAACCUUCCUGAGUUCCUCGACUCGGUGGUGAUGCAUCGCGACUACAACACCAUCAGCGUGGGGAUGCUGGACGAUUACUUUGCCGCUAUGGCCCUCGACGCCGUGGAUAAAGUAAUGGCUCGCUCACUGGAACUGACGCGCAAGCACCGCGCCAUUUUAGACGAGUGGGUGCGCCAGGAGCCCAGCGUGUCCUACCUACGUCCGGCGGCAGCACGACGGCCCUCCUCAAGCUCCCUGAGUGCGGCCUCAACUCGUGGGAUUUCUGCGUAA